AUGCAGCUGUACUGUUGGGGGGACAGCUCCAGUGGACAGUUUGGGACGCAGGCAGCCCUGGGCCCGGUCUGUUGGACCGGACCAGGGGAGGUAACCGGCAUCUGCUGCGGGGAGCGACACACUUUAUUCCUCAGAACCGACGGAAAAGUGUUGUCAUGUGGACACAACUCUCAUGGACAACUUGGACGAAAGAACCAUAAUGGAAAGAUGCUUGGAUGCGUAGAGGGACUGGGUGAUGUCGUCGCUAUGGCUUGUGGUCAAGACCAUUGUCUGGCUCUAUGUGUAUCUGGACAAGUGUUUUCCUGGGGGUCAGGAGAUGAUGGACAGCUUGGGCUGGGAACACACCCCCCCUGCAGCAAUCAGAGACCAAGUCGAGUACCUAUCCCGAUGCCCAUACAGAUCGUCCAGGUUGCUUGCGGAAACGCCCACUCCCUCGCGCUUACCAAAGGCGGAGACGUCUUCUCCUGGGGUUCAAACAGUCGUGGUCAGCUGGGCCUGGGGAAGGAGGUGGCAAUCCAGCUGAGGCCUGUCCUGGUGUGUGCCCUGACCGGAGUCCCAGUGACCCAGAUUGCUGCCGGAGGGGACCACACUCUGUUCCUCACGCUCUCUGGCCUGGUGUACUGCUGUGGGGCUAAUAAAUUUGGCCAGCUGGGGGUCAACAGGGUGGAUGAAAAAGGCAGGUUUAACAUCUGUGUGGUGCCUGCGCUUAGACCUCUGGGCAUCUCCUUCAUCAGCUGUGGAGAGUCACACUCUGCUGUGCUGACCAAGACCCCCAGGUGUACAAGUAUCCCCCGAGAAAUCGAGUCGAUGUUUUACACCAGUUCAAGUCUUGUUGCAAGUUUCACAAAACCAGACGGGGCUCCGCUGGAAGCUGGUGCUCUAACAGUGGACCUCCAGGCCGCUCGCCAAGCCUUUGACCAGAUGCUGGCCGUCCCUUGGAUCAAACAAACAGUGAAUCUAAAUCUCCUGUUAGAUUUGCUCGUUUUAUCAAGGCAUCAUUUAAAAUCUCCAGAGAUCCUCCUGGUUUUGUUGACAUGCCCACUUCUACAAGAGGACACAAACGUGAUCAAUGUAGCUUUGCCUCUGGCAAUUACUAUUCAGGAUCUGAGUGAGAAGACUCUGGAAACAUUGAAGAGCCUUUGGUCUUCUCUGUCGGCGGAUAUUUUGAUCAGGCACAUCCUGGUGUUCAGAAAUGCCCUGGCUUUCAUGCUGAGGAACGGCCUGUUGCAAACCCACAACCCAGGAGUCAAAUACCUGCUGAAAGCCCUGAAGCUGCUUUACAGAGCAAACAAAGCUGGAAAGUCCUACAAAGUCCCACUGAGCACCUUUUAUGUGGCGGAAAUGGAAGGUAAUGCUGUUCAGCCGCUUGAGGAUGUCACUCUUUGGUUGGCGUUCUCCAAAGAAGAGGACGACGACAAAACACCUGCCAUUUUCUGCCGCUAUCCUUUCGUCUUCCCUCUGGUUUGCAAGGUUGCUGUCUUUAACAUCUUGGCACGCGUGAUGAAGGAAGCUCAUCAUGUUGUUCAGCGAAUGCGUCUGCCGUGGUCAAAUGACAUCCUGGGAGACGCUCUGGACCCCUCUGUCCCGGUCUUCCAGCUGAACCUCAGACGGACUCACCUGAUGGAGGACGCUUUCAGACAUCUUGCUGCAGCUGAUCACUCUGUAUUUAAAAGGGCGCUUGUGGUUCAGUUUGUAGAUGACAGGAAGAUCAUGAACGUCAACAAAAAAGACUUUUUCCUUCAUAUGUUUGAUGAGCUGAUGGAUCCUGAAUCUGAUAUGUUCAUGUUCAACGACAGUAAGACUCUGGCCUGGUUUCCACCCAAGCCUAAAGUUGAGGAGAAGAAGUACUUCCUGUUUGGCGUCCUGUGUGGCUUGGCUCUUUAUAACCACAACAUCAUACACCUGCCGUUCCCACUGGCUCUCUUCAAGAAGCUGCUGCGCGUCAAAACAUCACUGGACGACAUGAAGGAGUUUGAUCCUCUCUUAGCAGAGUCAUGGAGGUGCAUUUUGGAGGACUACACUCCUGAUGAAGUGGAAGCUGCAGAGAUGACUUUCAAUAUGUCCUGGGGUGGUGAGGAAGUUGAACUGGAUCCCAAGGAACCUGGAAAACGUGUCACUGGAUCCAAUAGGAAGCAGUUUGUCGCGGCCUGUAUAGACCAUGCCUUUAACAAAUCAGUGGAGGGAAUAUUUGAACUCUUCAAACGAGGCUUUUUUAAAGUGUGUAACAUAGAUGUUGUGGAGUUCUUCCAGCCGGAGGAAUUACAGUCGGUCAUGGUGGGCCAAGAGACUUACAACUGGGAGGUCUUCAAGCAGAACACAGUUUAUGAGGGAGAAUACCACACCGACCAUCCAACCAUCAUCAGCUUCUGGAACGUGUUUGACAAUUUCUCAGCAGAACAAAAGAAAAAGUUCCUCUUGUUCCUCACUGGCUGUGACAGAGUCCCCUUCAUGGGGAUGGAAUACGUCAGGAUGAGAGUGGCUCCGUUGCCAGAUUCCACAGAGCUCCAUUUGCCUGAAUCCCUUACCUGCCAUUGCCUGUUGCUGCUGCCCAGGUACAUGAGAUACCCGGUGGAUAGGACCAUGGAGACCAGGCUCCUUCAGGCCAUUAAUCACAACAGAGGCUUCUGGAAAGACUAGAGAGCUUUAAAACCCAACGUAUUGGUUGCUGUGUCCUGUUUUUUUAGCUCAUCUGUGAUGUUUCCUCAUAUUUAUGACAUUUAAAGGGUACCUAAGCCUUUCGGGAAAUCUCUCUCCUUUAGAUUGAUAAAAAAAAACAAACAUAUAUAUUGGUUUACUCUGAUAUUUAGGUGGGUAAUGAGAAACCUGCUUAUUAGAGACACUGGAAAAAAAGAGGGAGUACAGCAGGGUUGGACAUAAGGGAGGGAUAAAUGGAAGGUUGCACCCAAGAAAGGAUGUAACAGCUGUGGAGGAAGAUCAAGAAGUCCAAUGCUGAAUCCCCUACACACUAACCCUUUGUUUGCAUGUUCCCAUCCAAAACCAUGUAUGGUAGUUGGGAUGCAUUAGUGCAGGAUCACUGGAGUCUGGCAGCAGGUGUAAGGGUGAACUAUGUACAAUCCAGGCACCUUCCAAAGCUGUGAGUGACACUUUAAGAGACUUGGUAGUUAAGGGUUAGUGGUUGGUUUGGGAUUCAGCCCCAAAAUACUCAUGGUUUCCCAUAAUUCCUUGCUUUUUCUAUACUUACAUGGAAAUACUGAAAUCAAAAUCCAACCCUUUCUAAAUUACGCUUGAUUUCAGCUGAUUGAAAACAACUCGAAAGCAAUGGUUCAAGUUUUGCUGUUUACAACCUUAAAUUUGAAGCUUGGUUCAUGUAGCAAUGCUUUUAAGCUUUUACAGAUUUUAUGUUUUUUUUGUAAAUGUUCAUCUUCAUUUAGUUUCACAUUUAACUGUUUUCGGGUCUGAAAAGGAGGUCAGGAGCUAGAUUAUGUGGCUUAAAAUGUACAAAAAACAUAUAUAUAUAUAUAUCCAUAAAAGAAU